AUGCUUGCCCUCCCUGUCCUCCUUCUCUCUGUGGCGGUCUCUGCCCGCUCGCUUGACAUGCGCCAGACCGCCAGCAACCCUUUCCCGGCCUCGUGCUCUUCGGAGUGUUCCGCUUUGCAGUCCAUUUAUACUGCUUGCAUGAACGGUGACAUGACUACGUGUAUGACCAUUUGCGACAAUGAAGCUGCCGUCAAGUCAUGCGUCUCUUGCGCCUCCGGCGGGGCCUCGUCGUCCGCCAUCUCCUCUGCCCUUGAUGGCUUCACCUCGGCCUGUAGCUCGACCGGCGGCUCGACUGGCAGCUCAACUGGGGUCUCGGCUGGCGACUCAAACUCUGUGGCCAAUGCUGCUGCAGCUACCACACCCGCCGCCGCAGGUGCCGCGACCGUUGCCGUUGCCUCUGGAGCCAACACUGCAGCUGCUGCUGGAACGCAGGCGGCUUCCGCCGGUGUGGCUGCCCCAGCUUCCUCCGCCAAGAGCACCGGUCUUACCGUUGCGUCCGUGUCCCUUGGCGCCGUCGGCCUCGCCGUUGCUGCCAUGCUCCUGUAA